AAAUAAUAUAAAAUUAAGUAAUAAAGUCGCAUUUAUUAAAAAAGAAAUUAUGUAGGCAGGUAGGAAGAAGACAUAAACGAGUCAUCGAGUUAACCUUUCAGGUAAUGGAAAACACUAGCUUCUGAUUGGUCUGUUCAUACAGGUGAGACAGGGAUAACAGUCUUUUAUAACCAUUUUCUCAUACAUCCUAGUGUUAUUUUACAUACUUUAAGUAUCAACGGUGCAUAGAGUUCAUCCAUUGUCAGUACAGACGCCAUCAUGCCUGUUUUAGGAAGGUGUUGGUCUCCAUUUACGUUGUAUUCGUGGUCUAGUGUGAAAUUGGGAAGUUAUUAUGCUGCUAUUUAUACGGCGAUAAUUCAUGUUUUAUUUAUAACGUAUGCUAUUUAUGUCAUGGGUGGUGGUGAUUCCGACGAAUUCUACAGUCCUUACUUUGAACUUGAUUAUAAAGCUUCUAAAUUGCCUCCUUUCAACGAAAAUCGUUGUAUGUUUUUCCCUUGGAUGGUUGGCAUAACAAUAGAAAUUUUGUUAGUUCUAGCAUUCAGUCUAUGGGUUCUAGCAACAUAUUACAGAAAUGUGCUGCUCAAAGAGGCUCCUGCAGGCUAUACAAUAGGGGAUAUAACCUAUGAAAAAAGGGCAUCAUACAUUAUGCAGAAAGCUUCGAACUACGAUUUAAUGUCGGAUCAGCAAUCACACAAGGUGUGCUGA